AUGACAAAGUUCACCGAGCACGCCAUCGGCCAACGCCGAGGCAGUUCUGUAAACUCGGAGUACAUCUCGGACGUGAUGAAAAACUCCAACUCGUUCGUCCCUAAAGAUUUAUCCUGUGGCUAUCGAGAGAAUAGAAAAACGGGCAAGUUGGAACUCGUGACGGAAACUACGGACCCGGAGAAGGAAUACGAGACGAAGUGCGAGAAUAAGAUUUGUUUCGGGACGUUUAAUAGUAAUAACAACACAAAUACGAUUGAUUUACUGGUCAAAGUGAACAAGAAAGAACGCCUGGGUGACUUCCAGCUGACGCAAAGAAGCGCGUUCGCUAUUCGUGAUAUGGUGAAACGAUUUGAUUUCGAAACGCAGGAAAGCUUGCGAUGGAAAGGCGAGUGGAACGCAAACGCGAAGACGUUUACGAUGAACAAAGAAGACAAAGAAGACAAAGAAGAAGAGAAAGUGCAGAUGGAAAACGGUGGGGUCGUUCGAACCGCGGGUAUCGCGGAGUGCUCGUACGAUUACGAGACGAAGGAGACAAGAGUGUACUUCUCCGAGGAAGAUGUCAAUCGACGGUUGAUGAACAAACACGAGUUGAUUGGACAGUGCGCGAACGCUAUUGAGUUUUUGAAGCAGGUGAGCGAGAUUGAACGGGAGAGGAAAGAGGAGAAUAGAAUUACGUUGACUUUGGAGACGCACGGGGUAGCGGAGGAUAUCGGUGCCGAUUUGAUCGCGGCAAAGUUGAGAGCGGAGAAAGAAAAGAAAGUUUUACUGAUGAAAUCGGAAACCGCAGAGGAGACGGCGCAGAGGAUGGCGAAGGAGAUGAAUGAGGUGAAAUCGAGCGUGUUGGAUGCGGUGAAGUUUGCGACUUCUUCGGAGAAGAGGAAAGGGGACGGGGCAAACAAAGGGGACGUCGGGGACGACGACGAUGCAUACGACGACGACGAGAAGAAGAGGAAGAAGAAGAAGAAGAAAAUGUCGAGAUUCGAGGAGAGCGACGACAGCGACAGCGAUUGA